UCCUGAGCGGCCCAGGGAAUGCUGGGAAAUGUAGUUCCCGCCCGGCCCCGGGGCCGGCUCUCCCGGGGGGCAGCGGGCCAAGGAACUACAGCUCCCAGCGCCCCGCGGUUCUCGGCUCCCGGGCCGCCGGGACGCGGCGCGGCGAGGGGGCGGAAGCGGGGCAGCCCGGCUGCAGAACGACUCCACGUUUCGCUCCAGCCCAUCCUGUGCUCCCACGGCACAGGGCAGAGAAAUGGCUGCAGCCGAUCCAGUUCAGGGGCCGGUGACCUUCGAGGAGGUGGCUGUGUAUUUCACCAGGGCAGAGUGGGCUCUGUUGGACCCUGCUCAGAGAGCCCUCUAUGGAGACGUCAUGCAGGAGAACUAUGAGGAUGUGACCUUCCUGGGGUUUCCAGUUUCCAAACCUGAUGUGAUCUCCCAGCUGGAACGAGGGGAGGAGCCGUGGGUCCCAGAUCUCCAGGGCUGUGAGGAAGGAAAGAUCCUGAGAGGUGCCUGCGCAGGUUCUGGGAUGGUGAGUGAGGAGAAGAAGCAGAGUCCUCAGCAGGAGGAUUCUGAGGAAGUGGAACCACAUGGGGGAUUAUUGCAAGGCUCCAGAGGGAAUGUGUCCAGGCAUCUUGUGCAGGGGAAAGCCUGUGAGAGUCAGCACAGGCCAGAGAGGGAGCAGAGAAACAAGCCAGUGGAGAAAGUGGGUAAAUUCAUUAAUUGUCAGGAAACUCACCAGGACCUCAUGGAAACCACAGCCCAGCAGCGAAUACCUACAGGAGAGAGAAAAAACACAUGCAGUGAAUGUGGAAAACAUUUCACUAGCCACUCAGGCCUUAUAAAACAUAAGAGAAUCCACACUGGAGAGAGGCCCUAUGGAUGCAGUAUGUGUGGGAAAACCUUCAGUCAGAGCAUUCACCUUAUUCGACAUCACAGGAUCCACACGGGAGAGAGACCCCAUGAAUGCAGUGAGUGCGGGAAAACCUUCACUCUGAGCUCCACCCUUAUUAAUCAUCAGAGGAUCCACACAGGAGAGCGACCCUUUAAAUGCAGUGAGUGUGGGAAACAGUUCACGCAGAGCUCAGGUCUUGUUAAACAUCAGAGGAUCCACACAGGAGAGAAACCUUAUGAAUGCUGUGAAUGUGGGAAAAGCUUCACUGACAGAUCAGAUCUUAUUAAUCAUCAGAGGAUCCACACAGGAGAGCGACCCUAUAAAUGCAGUGAGUGUGGGAAACAGUUCACUCGGAGCUCAGGUCUUAUUACACAUCAGAAGAUCCACACAGGAGAGAAACCCUACAAAUGCUGUGAAUGUGGGAAAAGCUUCAUUCAGAGCUCAGCCCUCAAUAAACAUCAGAGGAUCCACACAGGGGAGAGAACCUACAAAUGCUGUGAGUGUGGGAAAAGCUUCAGUCAGAGCUGUCACCUUAUUCGACAUCACAGGUUGCACACAGGAGAGAAACCCUACGAAUGCAGUGAGUGUGGGAAAAGCUUCACUCAGAGUUCAGCCCUUAAUAAACACCAGAGGAUCCACACAAGGGAGAGACCCUACGAAUGCUGUGAGUGUGGGGAAAGCUUCUCUGUAAAGUCAGACCUUAUUGAACAUCAGAAUAUCCACAUGGGAAGGAUACUUCAUCAAUGCUCUGAGUGUGGAAAAACUUUCACACAGAGCUCAUCCCUUAAUACACAUCAGAGGAUCCACACAGGAGAGCGCCCCUAUGAGUGCUGUGAGUGUGGGAAACAGUUCAGUCAGAAAUCAACCCUAAUUACACAUCAAGCAAGGCAUACAGGAGAGAGACCCUAUCAGUGCUGUGAUUGCGGGAAAGGCUUCAGUGUGAGCUCAGACCUCAUUGUACAUCAGAGAAUUCACACGGGAGAGAGACCUUAUAGAUGCUGUGAGUGUGGGAAAAGUUUCACCCGGAGCUCACCCCUUAAAAGACAUCAGAGUAUUCACAGGAGAGAGACACAGCAUAGAAACUCUGUGUAGGGCAGAGAAAAGAUUUUAAAAAAUCCAAAACACAUUUGCUAAUUCCCACAUAGUGACCUUUUGGUUUGUUUGCACUAUUUGUGUCACUCUGUUCUCUCAGAUCCCUCGUGCGUUGCACACUUGUGCCUUUUACAGGUCGCCCUUCUCUAGGGUGAAUCCUGUGUUCCUUUCUACCAACUCCUUUCUCCUGUGAGUCAUUGGAGUGUGUGUCCUUCCAGCAAGGAGUUUCCAUCAGCCCCAGGUGGGGGAAAUUGCGGUGACCACAAGUAGCCUCACUGAGUGAAAAUGGACUAGGGUUUUCUCUUUUACUGUAGGAUUUCCUUGGAGUCGGUGUGCUCGAGGUAGCUAUCCUGAUGUAAACACACAGCUACAUUUGCAGUGCUGACAUAGCCCAGGCACAGGGGUUGGGGUUAGCUAGCAUCUUCCCCUUUGGUCUGUCCUAAUGGACACCAAUUUUCCUGGUCUGGACAAUCCCUGAGCAUCACGUUUAUACUGUCACCCCACUAGCAGAGCGACUGUUAGUCACCAAGUUUCCCCUUUGCUGACAAAAUGUCUCCUUCCCAGUUGUGCUCACGCUGGUCCCAGUUGUGCUGGGCAGCAGGUAUUUUUACUUUUAUCAGUUUCCUUAUUGACAAUAUAUUUCAAUAUAGCAAAGAGGAGAAGCAGGAGUAGGACAAAUGUAUCAUUUCAGCCUCUGCGACGCUGGAAGGAAAUGGGGUGAGUCAGAGGGAUUCCCUCCUUCCCCAUCACCAUCACUAUGCACACUCACUCAGCAGUGCUGGCACCUGUGAGGCACAGUGGAGUUUCUCCACCUGUAUUCUACCCCUCCAGCUCCCAAAGAGUCUCUGCAAUUAGUAUCAAUUUGAUCCUAAAUCUGACUCAUUAGAGCUGGAAAUGAAAGUGUCCCAGACCUGGACGGGGAAUUCCAAUGGAUCCCAAACACAGUGACAUCGUUCCGAGUUUAAAUCCCAGUUGCUGUCUAUUGACAAAACCACUUCUGGACUUUUUCCUGCUGAUAUGAGAUUCUUUGCAGAUCAGAAGGUUGGCAGUUUUUCCCUAUUACGAUGGUGAUUCCCCCCGCCCCUCCCAAUAACAACUCCAUAAUAAGGAAGUGCUGUUGAUGAAGCAGGUUUGAAUGGAUCAGAGGAGAAAGCAAUGGGGGAAUCUGCUCUCCUGAUUUCCGAGUUAUCAGAUGUAACCUGAUCUGGAAUUUCAUUUUUCAUGAAAGAGAAACUGACUUACACCGCUCUGUGUUGAAGCUUUUUCUCUCUCUCCUGAAGACCAUUUGGUCACAUAAUCGAAUAUCAGUUUUGUUCUCCAGGAUGUAGCUUGGAUUUAUCGAGGACUUUGGGAGAAAUGACUGUUUGCUAAAAGAGUCCUUCCUUUAUUUUUCUUUCCCCCCACUGCUGCAUAAUGACAUUGCAGAAACUUUAGUGCAGUUCAUGCACCAGGAGAGGCUGCUCCAAGCCAUUGGGCAUGCUACCAAGGAAACAGGAGUGGGUUUAGGCCUCCAUCCACUCUGAAAUGGUGAACAGCAGCAAACCCCCGAUUGCACAAAUAACUGAACUAACUGGGUGCGUGUGGCCUAUUUGGGAAACGCUGUCCCUGCCUGUGUUGAUGUGGAGAAAAGAGAAGUACAUUUGUGAACUUGCCUGUGAUAGAUGCUCAAAUGUGGACUGAAAUGAACUCAGCGUUGAAAGUGAGAUGACUGCAGAAUAUCUAUUUUUAAUGAGUUUCCCAAGUUUCCCCUCCUUUGGUGGCUUUCGGGGAUUCUGAGGCAGGAGUGUUUCUAGUCUCUAACUUACACCCUGUGCCACCAGAUUAAAGAAACAAACUGGGCAUGUUUGUAGAAGCCAUUCCUCACUAAGUCAGCUCAGAUGUUGGGUUUGGUAAAGGACUCUGUUCCAGAGGAAUGGAAAUGUACCCUGACCAAGGCCAAGGAUUUGGAAGAACUCAGGCUGAUAUAGCAGACACCCAGUAGUUGAUUGUUGCCCUAGAGAAGGAUGCUGCGGUGAACUACGGUCCAGGUAAAAUUGUUUGUUUCUAACACCGCUCCCUAGUUCAGUGUCACUGAUUACAGUCCCAGCGGUGCCAGGGCUACAUUAGAAGGUCCUUCACUAUUGGGAUCCAAAGUUCCAUGAUGCAAAGUGAAAAAUAGUUGAUGCCUUUAGCGGGGACUUUCCUUCCCUAGCCUGAUGGAGCACCAAGGACUUCCAUGCUGUUAGAACAAUGGUAAUGGAGGAGGGACUCAAUGUGUCAGGCUCCAGUUUCAGACGGCUGGAAGUACAAAUGUUGAGUCCUGAUUCUGUGCUCUUGUCACUUGGUUUAGCUCUUGUGUCUGUUGUAGUUGUACCCACUUCGCCUCCACUUCCUGCUACCAUGAACGAUCGGAAGGAGUGAAUAUAGAGCCGAGGUCCUUUUUCUCAUGAUGCAAACCUUCCUGCAUAGCAUGAGCCCCCUUCCACCAACACUUCUGUCAGAAGAAUCAGAGAUAAAUGAACUCACAGAUGUGGAAAGCUCCUAUGCUGGUGUAGCCCACGUUUACACAGUGCUCGCUUGCUUGAAAUGCGGCUUAAAAUGAAACAAACCGGUAUGAUCAGAUUUUAUAAUCUUUGACUAUGUUCUCAUUCCCAGUGAAAAUGAAGUUAAACAUGAAAUUCAUUAUUGCUUAAAGCCUAACUUAGUGAUUACCUGAAUUAUAUUGGAACCCUGCAACGCCCAUUGGUUUGCUUUUUGUUAGUACUGUAAGAAGUGAUGGCCAAUCCUGACAAGUUUGUUUGGUGUCAUAUAUCCCCUUUGGACUAGGGAGUUCUGACAUAAAACAUCACUCCAAGGCUGAGGUGGGGGAAAUGUCUGAGAGAAAUAGCGUAUAGGAGAACACAGACCCCGUCUAGAAGACAGUUAUUUCUAUUUCAAAUGGAAUUUUUUCUGACAAGCUCUAAAGUAAAAUUAAUAAGGAGACAAGUUGUGUAACCUUUUACCCAAUGAGACAGUGUGGGUCACUGAGUUCCUCUCAUCUCUGCAAAGUGAAGGUGUAGAACAUCUGUCAGGAGAUGGCCACGGUUCUUUUUAUGAAUGGCAAUGGAUGCAUGAGGGAGGCAGUAGGUAGUUUGUUCGGGUUUUUUGUUUAUUUUGGCUACCCAUUAUAUUUAUGGCAGCUGAGACCCCUUUUUCUUUUUUAAGGAAGCCCACUGUCACAGUUCAGCCUUUUAACCCCCAGGCCAGGCUAAUGUAACUUCUAAACGGUCCUUGGAUUUCUUUCAUUUUGGAGAUCUUUGGGGUUCAAACCUCCACGAAUGCUUGUGGUUCGCAACAACUGAUAUUUUAAGAAUACUGGUGGCUUUAAUGGGACUUUUCCAAACUGACGAUAACCCAGAGUCUGCCUCGCUUGAAAUGGAUCAGGCCACGGUGUCUGUAAACGAGGUGUCCUUCGCUCCUCAUAUGCCCGGAGAUUUCAGGGGAGUGACCGAAAUGUGGGGUGAGCUGGAAUCCUCAACCAUAAAGACCAAGGUAAAGGCAGAAGCCCUUUUGCACCAGCAACCUGUCACAUAAAGAUGGACAUUCCAGGACCCCAAGACUGAUCUCGUCUGGGGAAGGAAGUCAUAAUAUUAGCAACAGGCUGUGCCAGCCUUGACCUCUCUCCUCAUACCUGAGAGAGCUUAUGAAUGUGGAGUACUGAGCCUGUGACCCCGUCACCUAGACUGCAGCUUUAGCUCCUACUCCAUGGGAGUCCAAAAAGCUGCAGAGUUUCCAUCACUUGUCAAUUUCAAUGUCUUAUUGUUACUUUUUCUGAUUUUUGGUGUUUGAUUUUUACAAACUGGGUGUCAUCCCAGCCUUUCUAUUCCACUGCAGUGGUACAGUGGGGCUCUGCACGUACCUGUGUGUACGAAACCUGUCACAUCCACACAGGGAAGGAGCUAGAAACAAAUUCCCAAACCUAAAUAACUCUAAAAUACUGCCCAUCAAAAUGAUUGAAUAUGUGCUCCUCAUUCUGUGAAAGUGUUUGAAGAAACUAAGCUGUCUGAUAUCAUCAAAAUUCUGUGUAUUAAGGUCUGUCUGUAUUAAGUUUUUUAUCUUUGGAAGCCACCAGGAGAAGGUUAGCCACAUACUGGUGAAGUUGAAGAGGGAAACUCUGAGGUCGUGGCUUAAAUGUGAACAACCAAUUGAAAUAUUCAAGCGACUCAGCGUAGAUCACAGUGCCUGGGUGAAGUUCAGUAGCUGAGAUGAAUGGACAGAGGGCUCCGUUGUUCCUGUUUCAGGAUUUUGAAGGGUUGUUUUUCUGCUGUAUUAUUCUGAUGAUUUGGCUGAACAGAUGAUUUGAUUCCAAAGCAGGAUCCUUGCUGACUGACUGACUUCCUGGUCUGUACUGUGUACCCCAGAGCGAGCUGAUGGUGCUGGUAGUAGUUUAGGUUCUUCAUCUUAUUUGUGUUAUGUAUUUCAUUAAAAUGAACGAAGAGAGCA